AUGCGUCCGGCGAAGCGCCUUCUCUGCCUCCUCUUCGCUGCCACGGCGGCCCUGGGCGUAACUGCCCAGGAAAUCACCGAGGACGACUUCACGCAGCCCGAAAUCGAGCAGGGCGAUGCUCUUGCUCAGCUCGCGGCCCUCGCUGCCGACUCGUCGCAGGACACUGUGAUGAGGCUGGCGAAGCGUGGCGCAAGCGGUAGCUGCACUCCCAACAACAUCAGGAUCCGAAAGGAAUGGCGCACUCUCACUGCCAACCAGCGCAAGCAGUACAUUUCUGCCGUCAAAUGCCUGCAGACCAAGCCCAGCUUGUUCGAUCCCACGCAGGUCCCUGCCGCCCGGUCUCUCUUUGACGACUUUGUCGGCGUCCACCUGUUCCAGACAGUCAACAUUCAUCUUACUGCCACCUUCCUCACAUGGCAUCGCUACUUCGUGUACGCCUACGAGACCAAGCUCCGCGAUGAAUGCGGCUACACCGGUCCCCUCCCCUACUGGGAAUGGGGCCUAGACGUCAACAACCCCGCCGCGUCCCCCGUCUUCGACGGCUCCGCCACGUCGAUGAGCGGCAACGGCGCCUUCUUCCAGCACGAGGGAAUCCAGAUGGUGCAGCCCAUCAACGGCAACAUCCUCAUGCUCCCUCCCGGCACGGGCGGCGGCUGCGUGACCACGGGUCCCUUCAAGGACAUGACGGUCAACUUUGGCACCAUUAUCCUCCCCGUCUACGGCCAGCCCAUCCUCAACGGCUCGGCUAACCCCAUCGGCCCCGAUAACCAGCGCUGCCUGAAGCGUGAUCUCAACGCCGGCAUCGCUAAGCGCUUUACUUCUUUCCUCAACACUACUAGCCUUAUUCUCAAGUAUAAGAACGUCGAGCAGUUCCAGGCCCAUUUGCAGGGUGACGACCGAUACGUGUUGAAUGAGCUCGGUGUUCACGGCGGUGGUCACUACACUAUUGGCGGUGACCCGGGCGGUGAUCCUUUCAUCUCGCCUGGUGACCCGGCUUUCUACCUCCAUCAUGCUCAAGUUGAUCGUGUCUUUUGGAUCUGGCAGAUGCUUGACUUUGCCAACCGCCAGGGCGUCCACGGCACGAGCACUCUCCAGAACAACCCUCCCAGCCCCGAUGUCACGGUCGAAGACCUCAUCGACCUCUCUCCCCUUGCUCCUCCCGUUAAGAUCAAGGACCUCAUGAACACUGUCGGGGGCUCUCCCUUCUGCUACAUCUACCUCUAA